AUCAGCUCAUCUGUCAUUUUAUUACUGAACCAGUUUUGAAGAGUUUGUCUUUUUAUAUUUGUGGAUUGAAAUUGUUGAAGAUGUUUCACCCUUUUUUGUUCUGUUUGUUUUUCUGGGAUCUGGUUGCUCAUCUGCCUGUUCCUGUCAUGAGCAGUUACUGUUGUUCAUCAUCAUCAGUUUCCAAAUGUGUGCUGUUGUGUUCAGUGGUAAAUGUGAGUGAUGUGACUCUCUCCUGGUACAAAGGAAACAGUUUAUUGUCCAGCAUCAGUGUGUCUGAUCUCAGCAGCAGUCCCGCUCUAUUUCUGGAGGUGGAAUAUCAGGAUAAAAACACCUACAGCUGUGUGAUCAACAAUCCCAUCAGCAACCAGACUCAACAUCUGGACAUCAGCAAACUCUGUCAGUCAUGUUCAGCUGUGAUCCGAUUGGUCCUCUCUGCUCUGGUGGGCGUGGCUACUGUCAUUUUUCUGGUUUAUGACAUCAGAUCCAGAAGAGCUGAACAAGAUCAAUCACAUAUUCACACAUGAGGUGGCUCGUUUCCACUUUAGAAGAUGAUUUAAGAACAAACAGCAAUGUAUUCUCUCAUUAAUGGGUUAAAGUAAAUGCGAGUGUUUGUCUUGAUUAAUACUGAUGAUUACCAAAUAUUGCUUAUGCUGGAUUAGUU